AACAGGCAUGUCCACAGUAGCUUGAAUAAUGGGUAAACUAUUUUAUUUGGCCGGAGUUUUGUCUUCAUACACUCUGACUGAAAUGCAAGGACAUCAAAAGAUGAGAGAUGCAAAUGGCGGCUUACUGCUUGUGAAGAUAGACGAGGAAGAUCCCAUUAGUUCGGAUACAAUGGAGGAGCUCAUUGCUGCAAUGGACAAGGGAAAGUCAUCAAUCAUGUUAGCCGGGAAUCACUGGGCCUUGAACCAAUACAUGAAGUGCAACCUCAAUUUGUACAGAAGGUUCUCAACAAGGCUACCGUUCGACGACCUAACUUGCGAAGAUCUUGCCAUGAUUCUUGAGAAGAAGGCAAGCAUUAAAGGGGAGAGCGAUAUGUUAUGUGGUUUUGAGCUGGACAGUUCUUGUAGCACGGACAGUAUUGCUCGGACGAUUGCUGAGCUUACGCCUCAAAAUCUACGAAGCUUGCUGAAUGCACAUUUGCUGGAUCAGAUGCUAAUUGAGGCAAAGAAAGUGGCUAGGUGA